AAAUGACAAAAAAAAAAAAAAGAAUCUUGUUGUUAAAGCAGGCCUUUCAAUUACCCAAUCGUCUAAUUGCUUUCUUCGACAUGUUCCACUUCCAAAUAUAUGUUAUAAAUUCGAACAUUGGCAAGAGAUUUUAAUUAUAAACAGAAACUUGAAGAAGAAGAAGAAGCACAAGAGAAGAUGAAGAAUGUUAUGGUGAUUAUCGACGAGAGCAACUCAAGCUAUGAAUUACUCAUUUGGGUCCUUCAAAAUCUUAAAGAUACCAUUGAAAGCUCCAAAUUUUUUAUCUUUGCAAAACAGCCAAACGAUUCCUUUACUCCUCCAAUCAUACUUCCUACAUCAGUGGGCUUUGCUCAAAUUUUCUAUCCAUUUUCACCCAAUGCAGAACUCAUAAAAUUGGCUCAAAACAAGAAUAUGAAGAUUGCUUUGGGAAUAUUAGAGAAAGCCAAGAAGAUAUGUGGAAAUUAUGGGAUUAAAGCAGAGACACUUACUGAUGUUGGAGAUCCGAAAGAUCCAAUCCGCAAGAUAAUUCAAGAGCGAAAGAUCGAUUUAUUAGUUAUGAGCGAUCAACAAAACCAAAAUCUCAAAAAGUGA